UCUCUCUCUCUCUCGCUGGGAGACCAGCCUGACCAGCCCCUGAUUGAUGCAUGGAUUGCAUAUGGCCGCGCGGGAGGAGGUUAAUAAUCUGCAGGGUGGAAAACAACCUGUGGCGAUCGUGAACCUGUAGCGCGGGGACGAUGCGAUCGCUGGAUCCGGGCGGAGUACGGCGAUAGUUGAUUGGGAAAUAUGCGAGAAAGGCACGGCCGUUGAGCUAAGUAGCCCCGCUAAUCCGUCCCCUCGAUGAUGUAGCUGCCGUCAUCUGGAGAACGCGUAACAACGGAUAUCGCUGCGAGGCGUUGAGAUUCCCGGCUAAAUAUGGCGCAAAUACAGACGUCGACGGUGGACGGGCUGCCGAAGCACUUCGUCAGCGCGAUGCGCACGCUGUUCGACAUAAUGGACGAUCAGAACACCGGCGUGAUCAAGUUCGUCGAUAUCGAGGGCCGCUGGCAGGACGACGGCACGCAGGGCCUGCCCAAGGGCGUGCUGGACAGCCUGAAGAAGGUCACGCCGCCGAACGGGCUGCUGUCGUUCGAGAGAUUCUGCGCCGGCCUCAAGAUCUGCCUGCUGCAGAUCCAGGCGGGGGCGGACGCGAAGAAGCACGACGGCCAGCCCAGCAGGCCGCCGUCCGCGCCGAUACUCAUCCCCGACAGUCAGAGCAAGGCGGUCUGGACGUCGCCCAACACCGCCGCCAUAAGACCCAACAACGCCAUGUCCCAGCAGCGCACCCUCAGCAUGCCGCAGCUGCUGGCCAAUCGCAAGGACGUGAACGCGCAGCUGGAGCUGAUGGACACCGGCAGGAACAUCGGGGAGCCCAAGGUCAACAAGGUGUACGGCCCGCCGAAGCCGCCGCGGACCGGCGCCGCGCUGGAGGGCAGAACGAUGGGCCUGGAACGUAACUUUGACAAGUCUGAGAUCAGGACCGUGCUGCAAAACUGGCAGAUGGGUCUUAUGAUGAGCGACGAGAAGGAGAAGCGUCAGCUGCACGCGGUAAAUUAUAGGCCGGACCCCAGGACGCUGUUGAGACCGGCCAGAGUUCUGGGCGACGGUAAGGCGGUUGACAUACAGAGCAAUCAGCUCGGUCUUCAGGCCAAGAAACCGUUGAAUCGCCGCAGAGAGCCCAGGCGGCACACGUUGCAGAAUGGUAUUGAUUACAAUAUGAUGAAAAGGAUGAAGCAGAUCGAGCAAGAGAAGGAUGUGCUACUUCAAGGUCUAGCUGCCGUUGAUAAAGCUAGAGAAUGGUACUUGAAGCAGAUAUCGGCCACUCAAGAGAAGAUUAAGCACCUCGGACGAAUGGGUUCCCACGUGGAACAAUGGACGGAGGCACAGCAAGAGCGCUUGGAGCUGCAACGCGCGCGUGUCCUGGAAGUAAACCGACAUCUAGCCGCCCUGAUAAGCAGCUGGGAACGCGGAGGACUUCCCCUCCAUAUGAAUCUCGCGUUCCUGAGUGCGCCGACCUCGGCGCAGCUUCAGCAGGAUAUGUUGUCGAGGCUUAAACAACAGAAUCACAGAUUAACCGAGGAAGUUAGCAAAAAGAGCCAACGGAUAGCGUUACUUGAGCAAGAAAAGGAUAGUCUGGUUAGAGAAUUGUAUAAUAGACAGUCUGGUCUGAUUCAAUCCCGAAGGGCAACGAUGAUCCACGAACAACACGAUCAAACAUUCAUGUAAGAAUAUGAGUGUUUCAAGUUUUAGAAAAUGUGCCACAUAUAAGUGAUAGAAUUUGAAUUAAAGUAACGAUAAAAGUAAUGGCUGAAUUCGUUACCGUUACUGUAAAAAUGUAACGACGUUACCGUUACAGACGUAAAAAAGUAACGAAAACGGUAACGCGUUACUUCCCAACCCUGUGUAUUAAUGAUGUCGGACGGACGUUCCAGUUGGAAUACUCUACGACAAAUGACGAAACGAUCAAUCGUGUUCUGAACGCUUCAGAAUGUUUAUACUGCCAUGUAGAAUAUAUUUUAGAAAUAUGAAAUAUUUGAUAUAUUGUGUUACAAUAAUUAUCGCUGUCUUAUUCACUUCUUGCGUUAAGAAUUGUAAAAUAUUCAUUAACAGAGUAUAUACAAUUAAAUACAAUUUAGGCAUAAUAAUAGACAAAUGAAAUUGUUCUAACAUCUCUGUAAUCUGUCUUUAAAAAAUUUGUUUUAAUAAAUUAUUUUAAUUAUGUAUUAAA